AAGAGGGAGAUUGAGUGAAAUUUCGAGUGCAUGCUACGAAGAGCGAUCAUGCAGAUUUUCGUGCGGACCCCGUCAGGUAAAACCAUUACUCUCGCAGUAGACGACUCCGACACGGUUGAGAGGACCAAGUGUAAAAUAGCGGCCCAAAGCGGCCUCCCCGUGUACCGCCAAAGCCUGGCCUACAAUGGGACGGAAAUGAGAAACGAGCAGUUGCUUCAAGACUACCACGUAGUACAAGGCAGUACCCUACACUUGUACCUCCGUCUCGGUUCAACGGAGGAGAUACGGCUACGUGUGAGGCAACCUUCAGGUGAGGUGGUCUCAGUCACGGCAGGGAAAGAAGAAAGGGUAGAGGAUGUUAAGGCGGUGCUGGAGGUUACACUGGGCAUUCCACUAGAACAUCAGCAGCUUUCUUUCCAAGGCCAGCCACUA